UUUACAGAUCGGGUGACCAUACGACCUCAUAUCAUGGAUCUGUUUGGUUUCCUUCUAAUUUCCGUGUUUUCUUUGACCAAAUUCUAAUCAGUACGAGAGUACUGCAUCUUCCAUUACUCCUUAUUCUCAGCGAGAUCGCUAUUUUCAUCAAUUUCUUCUGCCCAAUAGUUCAAUUAGCAACACGUGGUAUAACUAUUACGUAUCCACCCAAAUAUGCACAUCACUUCAACUUGCUUGAAUAUUUAGGAAUAACCAGAGAAGCUAUGUAUUUGCUCUAGUGAUGUAUCUGAACCAAAAUUUCCCAGUUACGUACUUGUUUCCUACGCCAGCUCCACUUCAACCAUAGGUAGGUGCUUUUAGUCUCGACUCAUACGUUGUCCAAUAUACCUUAGCCUCGACGGAGUACCGCCAUCAAAUUUUCCGACAUACUACGUACGUUAAUUACAUUUAUACCUCAUGUGCUAAAACAUAUAUUGCCUUUACCCCUUCAUACCCUUGGCCCGGUCGAAAUUAAAAUCGAGAAAUAAAAAAAAAAGAGGACAGGGAAGGAAAAAAGUCAAUAAGAAAAAUGUUAAUUGGCUUGUGUGGAGGUAUAUGCUCUGGUAAACACACCAUUGCAGAGUACCUCAUCCAGCAUCAAGGGUUCCAGCUACUCGAACUCAAAAGUAGAAGUUUCCCUCGAAUAGUUGAUGAGCUCGAGGAUGAUCGAUGGCUACACGAGUCGGAGUUUACGGGUAAAGGGAGAAGUCAGCCAUCGCAGCUAUUAUUUGAAAGUGCCGAAUCGCUUCUAGAUUUUGCAACAAAAAAUUGGCAAGGCCUCUGGGUAACUACAGAUAUUUGGGAGAGUGCUACUUUAGAUCGCUUUCUUCAACGCCCGUUUUUCCUCCUAGUGAGCGUUGACGCACCAGUUAGUCUCCGAUGGCAGCGAUUUGGAGAGAGGUGUCGGAGGAGGCAGCUUGAGCCCCCGCCUCUCGAGAAGUUUGUACUCUGGAAUGAUCGACAUCUGUACGAUAAGAAUAUCGGGCGUGUCUAUUUAACCGACCGGGCACAGGUUCGAUUGUUAAACUCGUCCGCUUCAUUGGAGGAACUGCAUGCUGCUCUCAUGGGGCUUAACCUGGCUGAUGAGGAGCGCUUACGACCAAACUGGGAUCAGUACUUCAUGCAGUUGGCAUCUCUUGCCGCACAGCGGAGUAAUUGUAUGAAGAGAAGGGUGGGCUGUGUGCUUGUUCGGGAACGCCGUGUUAUCAGUACUGGAUACAACGGAACUCCACGACAUCUAAGAAACUGCAACGAGGCUGGCUGCCCAAGAUGCAACCGAGGUGAGGGCGGAGGUGUCGGUUUAUCCACGUGUCUUUGCCUUCAUGCAGAAGAGAACGCUCUAUUAGAGGCUGGAAGGGAGCGCAUACGGGAGGGCACGAUACUUUAUUGUGACACGUGUCCUUGCUUGACAUGCACAGUCAAAAUUGCCCAGGUUGGCAUUUCCGAAGUCGUAUACUCACAGGGAUAUAAUAUGGAUCAAGAUAGCGCUGCAAUUCUAGAGUCCGCUGGUGUUCGCCUUCGACAGUUUUCUCCCCCUCGGAACGGACUUAUCUAUCUCGAGGGGUCGACUAAAAUAAAGCAAUGAUUGUUCUGCAUAAGAGCCUAGCCCUUAGAUGCACAAUGGACCGUGGAGAGUUUUAAAUAAGAUUUCAGGGAUGGCAAAGGCAACCAGAUGCGUACAGUAUAUACAAUCUAUACAGUCAGUCAUGAUCCAUCCACCUACCGUGAUCUUAAGUAAAACGGAGUUUCUAUCAAGUGGUGCCUAGUAUUGGUAGG